AGAGGGAUGGAAUGGAAAUGACAGCGAAGCCAGAGGGGAAGAGAGGGCUUCGGGAGAGCAGAAAGCCCAGAAUCCGGGGAGCGAAAGCGAGAAGAGCAGAUGGCGGCGUGAAGCGGUGGGGAGCCAAAGCAGCGGUGAGGCGGGAGGUGCGUCGGCCGGAGAUGCGCUAGGAGACUCUCGGACUGGCGGACUGGCAGGAAGGAGCGUUCGCUAUCGGAGUGGGGGGGGGAGGGAGGCUGGGUCACCCGCCGCCCUGCAAAUGCCACGGGGGUCUUUCCAUUGGCAUUCGUCGCUGUGGCGUUUUCUCUUCUCUUCCUCCUCCUCCUCCUACCUUACCGUAGGUGGUAGGUACCCAGGUAUAUUACUAUACCUGGUGCCGUGUGUUCCACGUACGGUACAAAAAAUACCAGUAGCUAGGAAGUCGACCUACGCAGUAGUACCUCCACUAAGAUCGACUCGGCCUAAAUUCGAGACUGCUAGUGGAAAAGGAUACCCACCGAUGCAGAUUCCGGAUUCUUACCUACCUCCGGGUCCCAACUCCGUUACCACCUCCUCACCUCGGCGUGUUCAGCCACAUGCGACAUUUCACGGGGGGGAUGGAAUGGAAGGAAGGAAAAGACAGCGAUUGACAACAAUUGACAGCGAUGAUAUCAUUGCCGUGGAAUGCAGGAGAGAGCGGGGAGGAGACGAGACCGAGGAGGGGAAGGCCGAUGAGUCAACAGGGAAUAACAGGCGAAGCGGGGGAAGCGACGGGCAGCCAGUUGUUCUGCUGUACUGCGCAUGCGUCGGAUGAAGAUGGAAUAAGAACAACCCGGCGCUGGAUACCACGGUACUGCGGCG